AUGGCAAAAGAAUUCUUUCCUAUGGUAUCUGGAAUUACCUAUGGAGGUCCCGAAUGCACUGACCCAUUGAAGUUCAGAUGGUAUAAUGCAGAUGAAGUUAUAUAUGGCAAGAGGAUGCGCGACCAUCUGAAAUUUGCUGUCUGCUUUUGGCAUACAUUUCGCUGGCCUGGCACAGAUCCAUUUGGUGUUGCAACAUUUGCUCGCCCUUGGAGCACUAUUGAUGCAGCUGAUGCCUCCAUAGAACAAGCAAUCUCUGUCUCCAACCAUCGCGUUGAUGCUGCUUUCGAGUUUCUGUCAAAGCUCGGUGUCGACUACUACACCUUUCAUGACCGUGACGUUGCUCCCGAAGGAAGGACGAUUCAAGAGACGAAUGCCAUUCUUGACGCUGUCACCGAUUACAUGCUGAUCAAGCAACAACAGACUGGAAUCAAGCUGUUAUGGGGUACAGCAAACUUGUUUUCUCAUCCAAGGUACAAGGAUGGAGCCAUGACAUCUCCUGAUUUGAAGGUGUUUGCUCAUGCAGCUGCUCAAGUAAAGAAAGCUAUGGAAGUCACUAACAAACUCGGCGGAACUGGAUACGUAUUCUGGGGUGGUCGUGAAGGCUACCAAACCAUCUUGAACACCAACAUCAAACGAGAAAUGGACCAUAUGGCGACAUUCUUGCGUAUGGUUGUUCAACACAAAAAGGACAUUGGGGCCACAUUCCACAUGUUUAUUGAACCAAAACCACGAGAGCCUACCAAGCAUCAAUACGACUAUGAUGCUCAAACGGUGCUCCACUUCUUGCAUCUUCACAACCUCCAAGAUGACUUCACAUUGAAUAUCGAGCCAAACCACACUACUCUUGCAGGUCAUAGUUACGAGCACGACGUCGUUGUUGCAGCUGCCUUGGGAAAGCUGGGAUCGAUUGACUGCAACUCUGGUGAUCCAUUGCUGGGUUGGGAUACGGAUCAGUUUCUGUGCAAUGAAAAAGAAGCUACUUUGGUCGUGAAAGCUGUACUUGAAAUGGGUGGAUUACGAGGUGGCUUCAACUUUGAUUGCAAACCUCGUCGAGAAAGCACCGAUUUGGAGGACUUGUUCAUUUCCCACAUUGGUGCCAUGGAUGUCUUUGCUCGUGGCCUUCGCAAUGCUGCCAAGAUCCUCGAAACCGGUAUCAUUCCAAACAUGGUCUCCCAACGUUACUCGACAUGGGACUCUUCUACAGGAAGACAUAUUGAAGCUGGCAGUUCGUCACUAAAGGAAUUGGCCAAGAUUGCUGAAGAUCAAGAUCCAAUUGUGGUCGCAUCUGCACGAUCGGAAUUGUUUGAUCGAGUGUUGAAUGACGAAAUUCACAAUUCUAUCGCGAAAGACUCAAAGCUUUAA